AUGAAGGGUGGCACGCACAACGGGGUCGAGGCGACCCGAGGAGGCGGCUGGAUCCUGCUGAAGAUGAUCCAGGUCGUGCAGCUGUCCCUCACCGUCUCCGUCUCCGCGGAGGAGUUCGACGGCGCCAGCUUCAUCGACAACUUGGCGACGCUUCUCCAGAUCGAUCCCUCCCGCAUCAAGAUUGUCUCGGUGCAGACCGGAGCCCGUCGGCUCCGUCGGCUCACAGCCGCGAACAGUUCCAGCAUCUCGAACGGCACCGCUGACGGGAACGAGACCGCCGCAGCCUCUGGCCUGGCGCUCACGAUCCAGAUUGCGGAGGAGGAGUCCAAUGCCACGGCCACGACGACCUACGUGACGAACGGGACCGACCAUUGUGUCAAUGCGACAAACGGGACCAACGCGACAGCGAAUGGCACAAAUGGGACCGACACAAACGGGACCGAGUGCCAGUCGAACGGGUCGACCGAGGUCGUGAUGGUAACAGCCGGAGCUUCCUUCAGCAUGGACGCGUUGGCCGAAUUGGAGGCGGUCGCAGCGAAAUUCCAGGAGGCUGUCAGCAGCGGCAAUGCCACCGCGGUGCUGGGCACCGAGAUCGAGCAGGUUGAGGUGGAGGUGUCGGAGCCGACCAAGGAGAUGGCGACGUCCACGAGCACGACCACCACCACCACGACCAGCACCACGCAAACGCAGACCAACACAACCACGAGCGAGAGCUCCAGCAGCGUGAGCUCACAGACAGUGAGCACAACCAGCGGCAGUUCCAGCACGACGGCCUCUUCCACCACAGGGAGUUCAACCACAGUGAGUACACUCUCGCUUACCACAGCCAGCGAGAGCUCCAGCACGACACUGUCCGCCACCAGUGUAAGUUCAACCACAGUGAGUACAAGCAGCGAGAGUUCCAGCACGACGGUCUCGUCCACUUCUGGCAGUUCAGACACUCAUACCAGCAGCGCGACAGCGACUGCCACUUACACUUCAGAGACGGCGACCUCCUCUUCCAUAACUACUUCUGCUUCGAGGCGGCCGCUGUUUUCGGAUGGAUCGCAGCAGCCACGGAGACCAGCUCGGCCACCUCAAGCACCACGGUGCACACGAGCACCCUCACCACGCUCACCGCGAGCAGCACCGCCACCGCUACCGCCACCGGCACCGCCACGACGCGGUCGGGGACCAGCAGCGCCACCGGCACCGCCACGACCUCCUCCACCGAGACAGGCACGGCCACGUCGACCUCCAGCGAGAGCGGCACCUCCGUGUCGGCGACCAGCGAGACGGGCACCUUCACGUCGACCUCGAGCGCGAGCAGCAGUUCCACGUCGGUGA